AGCACCGGCCGUCAGGCGUGUUGUGUAAACGCUGUUCCUUGCCUUUUUCUCCAUUUCUUGGAAAAUCCGGAGCACACACUCCGGAAUUGAACAUAUCCGGUACCAAAGGACAUGCUGAACCUCCUGCGACGACGCCCGGCGCCAGUGCCCCUCAUCCGGGCCGCGCUUGGCGCUCCCCUCCACACAUCCGAGAACCGGCCGGGCUACAUAGUGCUGGUGCCGGAGAUUGGGGAGGAGGGCACGCUGGGCGAGGGCGUGCUCAAGCCAGACGGUCUACCGGCCUUCAGUGACAUCACUAUCGAGAUGUGCCUGGGCGCCAUCGGGCAGCAGGCCUCGGCGGUGGAGAAGUCCGUGAAGGCGCUGGAAAGCGACCUGCAGGGUGGCAGGCAACUGGACGCCGCCGGAAUCUUUCGGGAGCUGGACGCCGUAACUGGACCGCUGGAGACGACCUGGGGCGUGGGCAAGGCUCUGUAUUUGGGCAACUCCACGCUUAUUCCCACCAAAUCCUACAUGAACAUCCACGAGAGGGCGCGAAAUGCGCGGGCAGCAAAGUUCUGCAACCCCACAGUCUACAAGGCACUCCAGGAGGCCACAUUCGUCGCCGGAGCGGACGAGCAGCGGCUGCGGCAGAAGUUCCUGCUGGAGGGCAAGCUGAACGGCCUGACGCUGGAUAAGGAUAAGCAGGACGGGCUCAAGGAGUUGCUCACACACCUGGGUCGCGAACGGGCCAGUUUCAAGAACAAGGUCAACAUGGCGGUGCACUCGUUCGGUCAUGUGGUGGCCGACUUCAACCUGGUACGGGACUUUCCACCCGCUCUGCUCGAGGCCACUGCUGUCGACUCCAGCCAGCCGCUGGAGGGCCCCUGGAAGAUCACACUGCAGCCCCAGGUGGUCGACGGUUUCCUCAAACACUGCCCGGAGCGGCUGCAGCGCUGGAAUGUGUGGCGAGCAAACGUGCUGAAGGCCUCCUCGCAGCAGAGCAAGGCCCUGGAGACCAGCACGCACCUGGAGAAGAUCCGCGGACUGCGUCAGCGGCAGGCAAAUCUUCUGGGCUACGCCAACUUUGCGGAAAUGUCCAUGCAGACCAAAAUGGUGGGCAGCGUGGACAACCUCAAGCAGAUCUUUGCCAAGCUCCUCAAGUUCUCCGGCCCGGCUCAAAGUGUGGAGCUGGAGAAGCUGCAGACCUUUGCCCAGGACAGCGGCUGCGACUACAAACUGGAGGCCUACGACGUGGCCUACUGGCGACGCAAGCAGUUGGCGGCGGAGCACGGCCUGCAGGAGCAAAAACUCAGCGAGUUCUUCCCACUGCCCAGGGUUCUCUCUGGAAUGUUUGCGCUAAGCGAAAAGCUCUUUGGUAUCCAGAUAGUGGAGCAACCCAAGGCGGAGGUCUGGCAUCCUGCUGUCAAGUUCUACGAUGUCUUUGAUGCGGACUCCUCCAACAGCUCCACGCCUGUGGGUGGCUUCUAUGUGGACUGCUAUUCCAAGGAGCACAAGUUCGGCCGGAACAACGGCUGGAUGGUGGGCAUAAGGAAUAGCAACAGGACAGCCGGUCUUACUCCCCUCUGCGCUCUAAUCUUUAACUUCUCGGAACCACCACAAGGUUCACCCGAGAGCAGGCCGCCCCUGCUGUGCUACGAUGAUCUCCAGAUGGUCUUCAAGACCUUUGGCAGCGGACUGCAACACCUGCUCACCCAGGCGGGCUACAGCGAUCUGGCCGGCCUCUCUAACAUCGAGUGGGAUGCCUCGCAGGUGUCGGGACAUGUCAUGAGCAACUUCCUGGACGAUCCCACGGUAAUUAGGAGUCUUUCUGGCCACUUUAGCACUGGUGAGCCUCUUGAAGCUGGACUCUCCCAGAAAAUGCGCCUGCUGAAGACCCAACUGGCCGGUUAUAAUCUCUGCCAGGACCUGUAUCUGGCCGAUCUGGACGUGGAGCUGCACCGUUCGAACGCCUUCUGGCUGCAGAUUGUGCGCAAACUGUGGCCCGUGUAUCAUUGCAUGCCGCUGGACAAAAUGGACGCCCAUCCCUGCUCGCUCACCGACAUCUUUGCCGGCGAUUGGGCAGCGGCACAGUUCAGCCAUUUAUACUCCCGCCUGAUAGCCGCUGACAUCUCCAGCAGCUUUGCAGAACAGCGCAGUGAGGAUAACUAUGCGGCAGUUGGACGACGCUACAAGCAGACCUUCCUAAGCUCGGGCGGUUCAGUGCCCACGGCGGAGGUGUUCCGCCGCUUCCAGGGUCGCGAUCCGUCUGGUGAGGCCCUGCUCAAGUCCCUGGAUAUAUUCGUACCCUCGCAGACCACGGAUAGCAAUUGAGGGUCAGGGUCUCUGACCUAAAACGUUAUCUUUGGUGGUGGAUUGUCAGCUCUGAUAAGCCUGAUCGAUGGCCGCCGGAGGGUGGAGAGUAAUGCUUGUUGUAUUUCUAGCAAUUGUACUAUAUCUGUAGGUUUGAAAUAUAAUUAUAUUAUAUUUUGUUGAAUAUUUUCUAAUUCGACGCCCAUUAAA